UUCCCAGAACACCUCAUACCACCUCUCCCCCACUCAACUCCACCCAACCCCACCCAGCCCAGUCCCCUUAAGGCAAAGCUCCCCAGGGAGAAGCACAAUCCUUUCUCUGUGCUUUCAAUCACUCUCACGAUCUCUGUGAGCAGAGACAAUCCUUCGAGCAAACCCAGCAUCAAGGAACAGCCACUGGCAGGUGUCGUGGCCACCCAACCAGAUACAAAAAGAAGAACUCUAUCCCCUUCUUCUCAUUCUGAAAGACUGUGAACCCUGGAGUCCUCAAUCAUCACACAGGAAACAGAAGACUUCCUGCUCAGUAAGGACGUUGAACCUUGAAUUCAUAAAGAUUCUAAAAGCUCCAGAAACAAAGACUUCGCGGACAAAACCCCUAGGGACCAGACCCACCGCCUUUCCUGGCCAAGUAACCGCAGAAAUCAUCUUCCUUGACUCAUGGAAAAUUCCACGAUGGAAACCUUGGCCCCCACAAAGAACUAUGACAUGACGACGGAAUAUGACUAUGAGGGCAUAACCCCAUGCCAGAAGGGGGAGGUGAGGGCCUUUGGAGCCCAGCUGCUGCCCCCCUUGUACUCUUUGGUGUUCAUCAUCGGCCUCGUUGGCAACAUCCUGGUGCUGCUGGUCCUCAUGCAGCACAAGAGGCUCAAAAGCAUGACCAGCAUCUACCUCCUCAACCUGGCCAUUUCCGACCUGCUCUUCCUCUUCACGCUGCCGUUCUGGAUCGACUACAAGCUGAAGGAUGACUGGAGCUUCAGUGAUGGCACCUGUAAGUUGCUCUCCGGGUUUUAUUACACGGGCUUGUACAGCGAGAUCUUUUUCAUCAUCCUGCUGACCGUGGACAGGUACCUGGCCAUCGUCCACGCCGUGUUUGCCCUGCGGGUUCGGACCGUCAUCUUUGGUCUCAUCACCAGCGGUGGUGCGUGGGCCCUGGCCCUCUUGGCCUCCGUCCCAGGCUUCUACUUCUCCAAGAUCCAGUGGGAGUUCUCCCACACCACCUGCAGCCUCCACUUCCCUCAUGAAACCCUCAAAGCCUGGAAACAGUUCCAGGCUCUGAAACUGAACAUGUUGGGUCUGGUUUUGCCCCUGUUGGUCAUGAUCAUCUGCUACACCGAGAUCAUACGGAUUCUCCUCAAACGACCCAAUGAGAAGAAGGCCAAAGCUGUCCGUCUGAUCUUUGUCAUCAUGGUGGUCUUCUUUCUCUUCUGGACCCCCUACAACCUGGCCAUAUUGGUCUCUGCUUUCCAAGACAGCCUUUUCGCCGACGAGUGCAGGCAGAGCAAACAGCUUGACCUGGCCAUCCAGGUGACAGAGGUGAUCGCCUACACUCACUGCUGCGUCAACCCCGUGAUCUACGCCUUCGUCGGGGAGCGCUUCCGCAGGUAUCUGCGCCAGCUGCUCCGCAGGCUGCUGUCCACGAGCAUGGUUAAAAGGCUCCCCUUCCUCUCCACGGACAGACUCGAGAGGGCCAGCUCUGUGACACCCUCCACCGCAGAGCACGAACUCUCCGCUGGGUUCUGACUCGGGGCCCUGGAAGCUGAUCCGGGACCCAGCAACGGUGACCUGCCAGGCACGCUGACCCAAACGGAGUCAGGCUGGGACACCUGGCACAGUGUGGAAUUGCAGCCGUGUGGGGGUGAGUGAGUUUCAAGGCAGUCUAGACUAAAUCACUUCUGGGAUGACUGAGCCAUCUCCAAGAACUCCUCCCUGGUAGAAAGGAAGUGAAUGAGCGAAAUGGGACAUUCCAGAAGACUGGAACAGAGGGUGCCAGGGAAGAGCUUGGGCCCAAAUGGGAUUUCAUGAUUUGUGAGCAUUAACAUUUGUAAACAGAGCCACUGAGCAUCCCGGGGCCCUUGUCCCUGCCCCCACCACCAGGGAACUUGGAAGUGGGGAUUUCCUGCUGACUCCAAUCUGAGCGUUGCAGGAGCCAGCAGCCUCUCCCCACAUUCACCUACCCCCACCCCACGCUCCACUGCAGGUUUCAGGCUCUUAGAAACCCCGAGGAACUGAGGACUCUAGGAUGGAACAUCUCGAGCCCUAGUGGGAAAUAGGAUUGGGGAACAGCCCUCGGCAGUGGAAUGGAGAAAGCCCUUGGCCAGAAUCAUUACGUUUGCAAAAACCAAACAAUCCAGGCCGUGGGCUAGACACAGACCACAUGCAUAAUACAUUUGACUUCUUGGUGGGGGGGGAGUCAUUAUUUCCAUUUACCAGUUUCUUCUUUCUGAAUAUUUUCCAGAAUCUCCCUUCCUUGUAAAUUGGAUGAGGCGGGAGUACAUUCUGCUGGCUUUAUUGCAGAAACUAAUAUGGGGCAGAAGGAGACAGGGUCGAUUUCCCUGCUCCACUUCCCCAUGCGAGCAUCUGGUUUUACCAAUCAGAGCUCCGGCUGUUACCCUGGACCCAUCCGCAGGAAAAAAUGACCUGGUGUGCAAGCUGACAAGUGUCUGAGGCUGAGAGGGAAGGGGGUGAGGUGGGGACUCACCCUCACGAGGAAGGUUGAGAGGACCCUUAACUCAAAGAAAUAUAUUUCCCCUCCAUGUCCUUAACACCUGAUCUCUCACCAGGGACUGCCUGGUCAUCACGUCUUUCUUCCCUUUUCCCUGGGACGUGUACUUCUUUAAAAAUCAUUUUGCAAAUAACAACAACAAAAAAACCCAAACAGCUUAAAAACUCAAAGGGGGAAAAGAAAACGCCCAAAGCGCCCAAUUCUCACUACCCAAAGACAACGACUGUGCCCACUUCUAUGUAUUCUCUGUUAGUUUGGUGUUUGCUAUCUCCUGUGUGGAUUUACGAUGAUGACAAAGACGGACUUCAACUGUACCCCUGCUGUUUUUUGUUCUUAAGUCGCAGUAUGUUGGGGUCACUUUCCCAGGUGAAUAAAUCAUAUUAAAGCA